AAUUUAGCUGCUUGAAAACCAGACUUGGUUUAGUCUAAUUUCUAGCUGAAGAGGUAAAGUGUGGAUUCAACACUUUUUAGGUUCUCAAUUAAAAGGUCAUCCUCAUAUCAUCAAGAGGUCCAGACUCACCAUAUCAUCAGCCUCCUCUCCUGAAAAAGUCACCCUUGUCUGAAGGACAACUGGAAAUGCCUAAAUGAGAUGAUAAAUAUGGUGUGACCUGAGCCAAGAGCCAUUUUGCAGUCAAGGCAAAAAAAAAUAUCAUUAAGGCAGAUAUGUUAGGAAAUAGUAGUCUUUUGGUAGACAACUCACAAGACUAUAUUUGUGAAACUCUAUAGAAAGAGAAGCCAAUGGAAAUUAUUUUUACAUUUACAUCUAAGGCAACUGCAUGGAUUUAUUACUACAUCUGGGGCUGUGAGCCUGAGUCUGAUUUAUUAACUACUGUCCCUUUCAGUUUCUUAUCCAGGGUGGCAAACCAGCUGUAGAAAGCUGAAAAGAAGUAGAGCUGCAUGUCUUGUCCUUUCAGUGUGUCUCUUGUGUUCAUAUUGGUCUGUAAACAAACAUCUCUCAGGUCUCCUAAAUAGAUUUUCUGAUUGAGUUCCCAGAACAGACCACCACCAGCCUCAUUAAAGCUUAUUUAUGCUACUUUCAUGCAUGAAUAAAAAAGCUUCCAUUCACUGCUGAUUUUAUUUAGUUAGAUCCUGUGCCUUGUGGUGGACAUUGAAUUGGAGUGACAUUUUUGGCACACAAAAAAAAUAAACAGUGGGACUGUGAGGAACUGCUUAACGCCUGCAUCUUUUGCAGUGUGAAAAGGAAGGGGUUAACCUGUUCUUGGCUGUGUGGUAUUGAUUGAGGCCCACACAAAGAAAACAGCUGUAAAUAGUUAGGAGUAUUCCCUAGUAGCUGGGGUGUUUUUUGGGGGGAUAGGUCACUGAAGUGGAAUUCUGGAGGUACAGUCUGUUUCCCAGGGAUGCCACCCACUUCCUGUGUGAUAGGAGGAGGAAGGUCACUGGUUGCUCUAGGUCUCAGCUCCCCAGCUGAGAAUGAUGCUGUCUCCCUCCUCUGCUUUUUCCAACUUGCUUGUUUAUCUCACUAGCUUUUCAGCAGAGUAACAUCUACUCUGCCUCUGUGCUGACCACAGUGGGUCCUGCUCUCAGCUGGGGCUUCUAGACAAAUAACAGACAUGAUUUUCUCUUUAUGCCUGUCUUCUCCAUCUCCAUCCAUGCUGCGGUGCCUGUGAGAGCCUGCAAAGAGACGCUGUCUUUUGCUGCUUCGGGAUCCCAGCAAGAAAUGGGAGUCUGAUGGAUUGUAAAUGCACCUGCUUGGUUUAAAGCCCAGCCAAACAGAUAAGUGCCCUUUUAAUUAUCUCAGAACAGUGUUUUAGGCACAGCUGUGCACAGCAUCUCUCUUCAGUUUCAAUUCGGUGAGCCUCUGUGUUUCACCCCUGCAAAUGAAUGCUGUGUGGUUCUCACUUCAGCUGAGAAAUACCAGAUGAUAUUGGUAUUUCACGUUAAGAUAAUUAAUUGGUGUCUGAGGGAACUGCAGCUGAGGGGUUGGGAAGCUCCCAGGGGUCUUUCCCUGCUCCUCCAGAGCCACUGUCUCCAGCAGCCCUGUGAGAUUUUGGGACUCUAAGGAGCAGCUCUGUGGGACCAGAUGAGGCUGAUGUGACCCAUCUGAGCCUUAAGGAGUCCUCUGGGACUCAUUAGGGGUUUAAUAACUAAACUUGGCUGGUUUGAUUGGGAAGAUGCGUGUGCAGGCUUGGCAUGAUCUCAGAGAAACCAGCUCAUGCUGCUGGCAGGAGAGAGGGCUUUCUGCAUGUGCUGGACAUAUGUGUGCAGAGAAAGUGAUAACCCCCACUUCCUCCUGCUGGACUCCAGGUGGGAAAAUACCUGGGGAUGGGGGAGAAAAGCCCUUGGUUAUACUGAGUUUACACAGGGCAUGCAAAUAAGUGUCGUGGGUGACUGGUAACAAGAAUUGUCCCCCUCAAAGUUAAGGGGACUUUUAUAUCUAUAGGUAGAAAAUACAGACUAUCAAGAAAGCACUUUCUGGCUGCUUAAAUUUGCUUCUAUAGGUGACCAAUAUCUCCUCACAGACACACCACUGCAAUUAUUAAAUAAUUCAAUAAAGCCAUAAAAUAGGGUCUAAUGUAUGGUGUAACUUCACAAUAGUAUACAGACAUGCAGCUGUGGCAAAUAUAUAUAUAUAUAAUUUAUAUAUAUUUGCAAUUUACUGCAUUAGAAUAAUGAAAAAAAAAAGCACUGAAGCUGUGUGUCUUGAGUAUUGGUGGGGAUGUGUGGGGAUUAUCUACUACUUGCCUUGCCUGCUCUACUGGGGAUAAUUAGCAGUGUAAAGUAUCUGCCUUGCUGUUACAAAAACUACAGACAGGUUUGCUGCAGCAAAUUGGACUGCAGUAACUGAUCUGAAUUCACCUUACCUACCUGAGCAAAAGGUUAGUUCCUUGGUGAAGGUGGCAGCCUAGGACUGAGAGACAGGGGACAGACGAGGCAGGGAAGUGGGAGGUUGCUGCGUUGGGAGCAAACUAGAUCUGGAUCAACUCAUAUGAUCCCUGAAGUCUCUGAAGUUCCCUCUUUUCUAGGAAAAACUUCACUGCUUCUGUUACCAAGAAUGUUUUUAUAUUAAUGGAAGAAAUGACAUGUCUGAUAGUAAUGACUAUACUCUGUUUUGCAAUUGUAAACAGUACUUACUUCUGACUCUUCAAUACUUUGAGAGCAAAAAGGCUUGACACCAUAUUAAGAAACACUGAUAAAGUGAAACUCUAGUGAGAAAAAACAAGGCUUGUUUAUUCAGGAAGGGUGGAUAGAAAGCAAAAAAUGUUAAAUCAUCUGUGCACACCAAUUAACGCAGCUUAAUGUUUUUUAACCUCAGAGAUCCUCAAGGUCUUAAUUGUUAGGUUUGCAACUUUAAAUCUGUUUUCUGCCAGCAAGCUGAAAUCAAUGUACCCCCAAAUUAGGUUCCAUUAAAUUAACCCAAACCUGACCAGUUCCAGUCUGGGUAUCAAAGUCAAAUUUGCAAAUCAUAUCCUGAAAUGUGGUAUGCAACAUGUAAUGCUCUGUGCUGCUUGACAGAAGAGGAAGAAAACACUUAAAGUGCCUCUUGGGAGCUGUACUGAUGUGAGAGAUGAUACCAGUUGUGUUCUGUGCACUUGUGUUUGUUUGGUGCAUCCUGCAGUUGAGGAGAACAGAUUCAACAGAUCUUGACAGGUUUCUGAAAAAAAAUCUUGUCCAGAAAAGAAGAUCCUCGAAUCCCUAACUCCUUGUCUUACAGGUGAGCCUUGAGGACACUUGGGAGACUGUAGCUUCUGAAUGCAUGACCUUCCUCUGUGAUUAGAAGAAUGGGGAAGGACAAGAAAGAAGAGGCCAUCUUUCUGAGGCAAAAGAUAACUUUGCUGAGGGCUUUCUCGCUCCUCAUCGGCAGCAUGGUUGGCAGUGGCAUCUUUAUCUCCCCAAAAGGAGUACUGAAAAACACUGGCACUGUGGGUUUCUCCCUGGUUGUCUGGUUUGCCUGUGGGCUCCUCUCAAUGUUUGGUGCCUUGUGUUAUGCAGAGCUUGGAACAAGAAUCACCAAGUCUGGAGGACAUUAUAUCUACAUUUUGGAGACGCUAGGGCCUCUACCAAGCUUCUUAUUCCUGUGGGCAGAGUUUUUUGCUAUCAGGCCUGCCAACAGUGCUGUGGUUGCCUUGGCGUUUGGACGGUACAUGCUGGAGCCGUUCUUUGCCCCCUGUGCAGCCCCUGUCCCUGCAGUGAAGCUUGUGUCUCUCAUGGGGUACUACAUGGUCCUCACCCUCAAUUCCUGGAGUGUCACCUGGAGUGCCCGGCUGCAGACGGCUCUCUCCGUUGUUAAACUCCUGGCUCUUGCACUCAUCAUCGUGCCAGGGAUGAUGCUGCUGGCCCAGGGCCACACCGAAAACUUCCAGGAUGCUUUUGACAGAGAGUCAUUGGUUUUGGAUACGCUCCCCCUGGCUUUUUACGCAGGCAUGUUCGCAUAUUCAGGCUGGUUUCAGGCCAGCUUUGUGCGCGAAGAGUUGGUCAGGCCUGAACGAAAUAUCCCCCUGGCUGUCAUCAUCUCUGUGAUCACGGUAAUUGUGGGGUACAUGCUCACCAACGUCUCCUAUUACACAGUCCUGGGAACACAAGAUGUUCUGGCUUCUCCUGCUGUGGCUGUGAGCUUUGUGCAGCGAGCCUUCAAAAGCCUGAUCUCUGUGGUCCCUGUCCUUGUCGCACUGUCCUGCUUUGGAACCAUGAAUGGAGGAAUCUUCACAUUUUCAAGGACUCUGUUUGUGGCUUCCAGGGAAGGACAGUGGCCUCCUCUCUUCUCCAUGAUCCACAUUCGAAGGCAUACACCCCUUCCUGCUGUCAUGUUAAUGUUCCCUUUGGUCACUGCCAUGGUGUGUGUUGGAGAUAUCUACCAUCUAAUGAACUUCUUCAGCUUUUCCCGAUGGCUCUUCAUAGGAUUAGCCACCCUGGGGCUCAUUGUCCAUCGCCACCGUCACCCGGAGCUGCACAGCCCAUUCAAGGUUCCCCUGUUCGUUCCUGUCUCUUUUACCAUCAUCUGCCUCUUCACAGUGGCUAUGUCUUUCUACUCAGACCCUGUGAGCAUUAGCAUCGGAUGCACCGCGGUUUUAAGUGGUUUUCCAGUCUACUAUGUCCUAAUUCAUAGGCAGAUGUCAGACCGUUGCCGUAACCUGUUUUAUUAUCUUACACACAAACUACAGUUACUGCUGAAAGUUGUCCAACAAGAAAUCAAGACUUAUUGAGAAAACUGUCAGAACUCACAGGAGAAAAUAAAAUCUACUUACUCCAUUUCUGACACCUUUGAUCCUUCCAAAAACAGGCCAUGCUUUUAUUCUUUUAGUGACUGCAAAUGAGGAUGAACCUGGGCCAAAACUUUGCUGCAAGUGUUCCCAAGCUUGCCAAUUGGGAUUGGGAUGCACGUAUCACAUCUGCUUCUGCCCUUUUCUUUUUUCAGAAGAAAAAAACUAGCUCUCUGAAAUGAGCUUGCUUUGCCUACAGUGUCUUUGAAAUCAAGAUCCUAAUUUUGCAGCCUAGCCUGGUCCUGAGUAAAACUGUGUGUGUAUACGCACACAAUAUUUUAUUUUCCUAACUUGGCAAAUAGAGGAAGGGAGCAUGUUGCAGUACAUAGAAUCCAAUACAUGGAAGCCAAAUGCAGGUUUCAAACUGAAGUGCUAUAUUAUCUGUGCUGUGGGCAAGCAUUAUGAAGGGAGAGGGGUGGGGAGAGCAGAUUAGAGAAAAGGCAGAUGAAUUGGAAAGGAGGAGGCAGGGGAAUAAAACUUCAUUCACUAGAAAGUAGAGAUUCAGGUUAAUAAGAUAUUUUAAAACCAUUUAAAAUUCAAAUGUUAACGAAGUAAGGUCAGAAUGUUUUACUUUGAUUAUUCUAUAAGCAGAAUAAGUUUUUUUAGCUUUGAAAUCAUCUUUCAACUUUGAAUUUUAUUUUUCUGAAAUGACAUUUUAAAAUGUACAAACACAUUGAACAAAACCAGCUGAAUAUCAACUGGAAUACGAAAGAAUAGAUCCUGAUCCCUUCCUCAACUUCCCAGCCCCACUGCUCUCCAGUGAAUGACUUGCUGAUUCAGUAUGUAAAUGCUCAUUUGAACUAAUGGCAUAGGGGAGGUUUCCAUUAUCGGAUUACUUUGGUUUACAUUAUUAAUGUGGCAACGUUAUGUCCAGAUAAAACAGCAAUUAGCUAUUUCCAAUCACAUAAUUGUUAAUCGUUUCCUAAAAGGUGGGAAGUAGCAUGCUGGGACUCCUCUGAUGAUUGCUGGAGAGAGCAACAGCAGAACACGGAGCAUUUUUAAUCUUUUGUAUCCAGCAUUUAUGUACUUACAAUAAAAACAAAGUACCAUUUACAAA